CCAGCCUCUGAGUUGGGACAGAAGAAACACCAGAAAGGGAAAGGGAAGAGGACGGGUCACUUCCAUCACUUCUUGAAAAAUACAAAAGCAGGCACCAAAUCCUCCAGGUGACCCAAACCCCUCUUCUAGUCCUGGAAGCAGCAUGGAUACACAGAUCAUCUAUGACCUUCUAGGGGAGUAUGCUUGGUUGUACGUCUGCAGCACCUUUGCAGUGCUGUGGAUUCUUGUGUGGCUGUACAGAGACAACCUGGAGAUCGAGGAGAUCACGGACAAGUACGUGUUUGUGAGCGGCUGCGACACCGGGUUUGGAAACCUGCUGUGUAAGAAGCUCGAUCGCAAAGGUUUCCGAGUGCUGGCCGGCUGUCUCACAGAGAAGGGAGCUGAUGAUCUGAGGAGGCAGGCGGGCCCCUGUCUGAAGACGGUCCUCCUGGAUGUGGGCAAUCAGGACAGCAUCCAGAAAGCCAUGGAGUUCACCAAGAAGGAGGUUGGGGAUAAGGGCCUGUGGGGUAUCGUGAACAACGCUGGACGCUCUCUGCCAAUGGGCCCUUCAGAGUGGAUGAAAGUGGAGGAUUUUCACAGCAUUUUGAAAGUCAACAUGAACGGAGUGAUCGGCAUGACGAUGACUUUCCUGCCCCUCAUUAAAAAGGCUCGUGGCCGCAUCGUAAAUGUAGCGUCAGUGCUGGGCAGAGUGGCCGCUAACGGUGGAGGAUACUGCAUCUCCAAGUUUGCAGUGGAGUCUUUCUCCGACUGCCUCAGGAGAGAUAUAAACUACUUUGGAAUCGAUGUGUGCAUCAUCGAGCCGGGGUUCUUCAAGACAGCGGUGACGAGUCUCGAACCUCUCGAGAGGGAGCUGCAUCGCUUGUGGAACCAGCUAAGCCCUGAAGUACAAGCCAGCUAUGGCGACAAGUACCUGGACAAGUUCAUCAAGGUCCAGCGUCUGAUCAUGAACGCUAUCUGCGACACUGACCUCACUAAGGUGACCAGCUGCAUGGAGCACGCUCUGACGUCGGCUCACCCCCGCACCAGAUACAGCGCAGGCUGGGAUGCCAAGCUUCUCUGGAUCCCCCUCUCCUACAUGCCUUCCUGUGUUGUUGAUAUUGGACUGAAGCUGGUGAUGCCGCGUCCUGCAAAGAGCGUGUGA